AUGCCGCCGGACGAGUUCAACCAGCAAAGCAUGUCUAGCGAAAUUCUUCGUCCAUGGGAAAUAGCUGUUUAUCUAUCUCUUUCUCCCACCCUUCGCUACCGCUCUCCCUCAAGCGUGGCUAAUCAAGGCACGAAAAGAAAGAUGAGCAGCUCAGAGGAGGUGUCUUGGAUUUCCUGGUUCUGCGGAUUAAGGGGCAAUGAAUUCUUUUGUGAGGUGGAUGAGGACUAUAUAAAUGACAAAUUCAAUUUAACUGGACUUAAUGAGCAGGUACCACACUACAGGCAAGCUCUUGACAUGAUCCUGGAUCUGGAGCCUGAUGAUGAUCUUGAUGACAAUCCCAAUCAGUCUGAUCUGGUGGAACAAGCUUCGGAAAUACUAUAUGGACUGAUACAUGCUCGCUACAUUUUGACAAACAGAGGAAUAGGCCAAAUGAUGGAGAAGUUCCAUCAAGGUGAUUUUGGACACUGUCCUCGUGUUUACUGCGAGUGCCAACCCAUGCUGCCACUUGGUCUGUCCGACGUUCCUGGGGAGGCGAUGGUGAAGCUUUACUGUCCGCGCUGUAUGGACGUGUACACGCCAAAGUCUUCUCGCCACCACCACACUGAUGGCGCCUACUUCGGCACCGGCUUUCCUCACAUGGUCUUCAUGGUUCAUCCAGAGUAUCGGCCCAAGCGCCCCGCUUCACAAUUUGUGCCUAGACUGUACGGGUUCAAGAUUCACCCGCUCGCGUACCAGAUCCAACAGCAAGCGGCGGCGAACUUCAAAGCGCCACUGAGGAGCGUCUCGUACAACAACGAAACGAAGACUUCCAGUAACAUUCCAAAAUGA